GCCGGGGCGCCCGUCUUCGCUCGCUCCGGGCACCCGCAACAAGUGGCCGCCGCGCCCUCCCCGGGGAAGUCGCGGGCGCGCAGGGGCAGCCGAAGGAGGCGGCCAAGCCGCGGAGCCCCGGGGCCCGCCCGGCUCCGCGCCCAGCGGAGGGGAUCGGGGCGGGCGGAUGGGGACCCGGCGGCGGCGGCGCGGCGAGCCUCUGGGCGGCCCUUGGGCGCGGGCUGUGCGCGGCGCUGCGCCCGCCGGCCCCCAGGGCGGAUUCUAAGUGCUGCGGCUGUGCCUGGCCCUGCCUGGAGCCACCGGGGGUGCCAGGAGGGGACGCAGCACCCCCUCCCGCUGGAGUGCGGGGACCUCCCCAGGCCGGAGGUCGGCCCUGGAGCGUGGGGGGGGAUGUGCAGCUAACGGUCCCGUCGGGCGGGCUUUCCUCGGGCCGAGCGCGCAGGAGGUGCGCCGCAGCUAUGGAGUGUCCCUGGAGACGGCGGGCAUGACGGCGACAGGAUGGGCGCGAACAAUGGCAAACAGUACGGCAGUGAGGGCAAAGGCAGCUCGAGCAUCUCAUCUGACGUGAGUUCAAGUACAGAUCACACACCCACCAAAGCCCAGAAGAAUGUGGCUACCAGCGAAGACUCCGACCUGAGCAUGCGCACACUGAGCACGCCCAGCCCAGCCCUGAUAUGUCCACCGAAUCUGCCAGGAUUUCAGAAUGGAAGGGGCUCGUCCACCUCCUCGUCCUCCAUCACUGGGGAGACGGUGGCCAUGGUCCACGCCCCGCCCCCGACCCGCCUCACACACCCGCUCAUCCGGCUCGCCUCCAGACCCCAGAAGGAGCAGGCCAGCAUCGACCGGCUCCCGGACCACUCCAUGGUGCAGAUCUUCUCCUUCCUGCCCACCAACCAGCUGUGCCGCUGCGCGCGCGUGUGCCGCCGCUGGUACAACCUAGCCUGGGACCCGCGGCUCUGGAGGACUAUCCGCCUGACGGGCGAGACCAUCAACGUGGACCGCGCCCUCAAGGUGCUGACCCGCAGACUCUGCCAGGACACCCCCAACGUGUGUCUCAUGCUGGAAACCGUUACUGUCAGUGGCUGCAGGCGGCUCACAGACCGAGGGCUGUACACCAUCGCCCAGUGCUGCCCCGAACUGAGGCGACUGGAAGUCUCAGGCUGUUACAAUAUCUCCAACGAGGCCGUCUUUGACGUGGUGUCCCUCUGCCCCAAUCUGGAGCACCUGGAUGUGUCAGGGUGCUCCAAAGUGACCUGCAUCAGCUUGACCCGGGAGGCCUCCAUUAAACUGUCCCCCUUACAUGGCAAACAGAUUUCCAUCCGCUACCUGGACAUGACGGACUGCUUCGUGCUGGAGGACGAAGGCCUGCACACCAUCGCCGCACACUGCACGCAGCUCACCCACCUCUACCUGCGCCGCUGCGUCCGCCUGACCGACGAGGGACUGCGCUACCUGGUCAUCUACUGCGCCUCGAUCAAGGAGCUGAGCGUCAGCGACUGCCGCUUCGUCAGCGACUUCGGCCUGCGGGAGAUCGCCAAGCUGGAGUCCCGCCUGCGGUACCUGAGCAUCGCGCACUGCGGCCGGGUCACAGACGUGGGCAUCCGCUACGUGGCCAAGUACUGCAGCAAGCUGCGCUACCUCAACGCGAGGGGCUGCGAGGGCAUCACGGACCACGGCGUGGAGUACCUCGCCAAGAACUGCACCAAACUCAAGUCCCUGGAUAUCGGCAAGUGCCCUUUGGUAUCCGACACGGGCCUGGAGUGCCUGGCCCUGAACUGCUUCAACCUCAAGCGGCUCAGCCUCAAGUCCUGCGAGAGCAUCACCGGCCAGGGCUUGCAGAUCGUGGCCGCCAACUGCUUUGACCUCCAGACGCUGAAUGUCCAGGACUGCGAGGUCUCGGUGGAGGCCCUGCGCUUUGUCAAACGCCACUGCAAGCGCUGUGUCAUCGAGCACACCAACCCGGCUUUCUUCUGAAGGGACAGAGUUCAUCCGGCGUUGUAUUCACACAAACCUGAGCAAAGCAAAUGUUUUUUAAAAGCAGCUUAUGUAAGCACCGACACCGACUCAUAGCAGCUCUUUCUUCCAGGAAGGUUAUUAGGAAUCUGGCCUUUAUUUUUCCUCAUUUCUCAUGGGCAACAGAGGCCAAAGAAACGAAGCAAGGCAAACAGUGAACAGGCAUUUUGGUCAGGUCAUUUGUAGGAAGUUUCUCUUCUCACGAAAGAUGUACUUCAGCAGGCUGAUCGCGGUUCCUUGAGCAAGGCGCUUACUCUCCUCUGCGCAGGCCCCGAGGCCGCCUUGUCCCUCACACACAGGCCACACCCCCACAGUUCCAAACCCCUCUCUAAGGCCACACCCUCCCUUCCUAAAGCAGCAGCCAGGACGCAUCGUCAGAAUCACAGUGUCCUCCAGACCUCCUUUCUAAACUGCUUCAUUGACCUGAGUCACCCUCUUCAAUCCCACAACCAGGGGCAUUCUGGUCAACUCAGUAUCAUAGCACUUUGCAUAGGCAAAAUACUUUUCAGGUCUUUUAAAAAAAAUUCAUUACGGCAAACAGCUGGGGAAAGACAUGCAGUCUUCCCCCAGCUCUGCCAAUGACUAUGACCUUGACCAAAGCAAUUCACUGCUCUGGGCUGCAGCUUCCAGCACCGAGUCAGAAGCCACACAGCCCAAAGAUUAGCUUCAUGUCCAUUAUAGCAUUGAGGGAAGAGAUACCCAUACACAGAACCACCUUGGCAUAGAAGCACCCUGGCAUCUUCCUCUUCCAGGAGAAUUGAUUGUGGAUGGGCGUGAUUUCAGGAGAUUGUGCAGGGCCAGCAUCAGUGCACAAAGGGUCCUGUAUGUCCUUUGGCUGCGAAUCACCCACUUCCCUGUGUGUUUCAGUGGGAGAAUUUCCUCUCCCACCUCCUCACAUCCUCUUUUGCCAGGCUGGAUGCUGUCGUUUCUGUACACAAAUACUUUCUGCAUUCCCCCCUCCACACCAUCCUAGCGAGGCACCAGCACACCUAAUCACAGCAAAGCCCAGAUCCCCCCUCAGUUGCUUUUACUCGGCGUUUUCAAAUAGGAGUAAAGGCCCUUGCAAUUUCUAAUUAACAAGCAAGGCCCAAGGGAACACAUAUCUUCAAAAGUUUUUCUAAUCCCUCGCCUUGCACACCUGGCAUGCUUCAGGCACAUCUGUCCUACAGCUGGCAGAGACAGAUGCCUCAGUUCUUUGUCAUUCAGAUUGCAUUUGGCCUCUUCUCAUCUAUUUAUUUCUUUAUACAUCCAGACUUCAUCACAUGAAGCCUAUUGAGGUUAAGUUUGUAAGUGUUUAGUUGUGCGACUUGCCACCCUGUGUGCCUCCUCCGUGGCUGUCUGCAUGUUUUCCAUCAAAGAAUGCAAAGCAGACUCCAGGUGUUUAAAUUCUGUUCACUCAAAAAUACCAGAUGAAUGGAAGAGGGAACACACUGAGAUGACUUAGACUCUGGUCCACCAACCAGACCCUUCGAAUGGAAUAUUAAAAUCAUUACAAGGUAUGAAUUUUAAAUGGAUGAAAUUUCAAAUUAUCUUAUUUGGAUGGAAGCCUAUAUUCUAGCCUCAUUUGCCUGAAGUCAGAUAUCCAGAAGAAAUUCCAUUCCUCGUUUUCACGAAAUUCACUUGUCUUUUGUUAAUUAACACAGGGCCUUUCCCAAAUUAUUCUCUAGCCAAGCCCCGCCUUCAUUACUGUUGAAACCCCUCAUUUAUUUCCUUCUCAAAGUGCCCAUUAUCCAAACGCAGAACCUCUGCAUCUCCAAGCCAGUUAUGCUGAAUUUGUCAAACUUAGACACCCUUGACAACUGCACUCCUACUGUGGGCUCCUGUGCGUACUGGCAUCUUCUGUGGGGGCUGGAGAGGUUAGUGUGAUGAGGUGGCGUCUGCCCAGGAGGUUUCUUUCAUACAUCAUGGCCUCCCAUCCAAUCAACGUCAUCAACUUACAUGUGUAAUUAAGGCUCUGUGCCAUGGGGGAAAUGAGUCAUUUAGCUAGGCCAGGAUCUAGUGACAGCCACAGAGUUUAGAACCAUGAAAGAAGUUGAAGGUAGCAUUCUUCGGCUCUGUGACUUGUGACCCUAUUUGAAGUUUCAGGAUUUGGGUGUCACAAAGAAUUGUCCCUAAUCCUUGGCCCUGGGGUUUUCCAAGUGAGCUAGUUUAAUACUCUGAGAAUGAGCAGGCAGAUCCAGAUAAUGAACCCCCGACCACAUCGCCUAAACUGUCUUCAAGCAUGAGACAAAGUUGACUGUUCACACUGAUUGCCCAACACAUACCAUCUUGCCAGUUUCUCCUUUUCUCCCAGUCUCCUCUUCAUCCAUUCUGUUCUCCCUUGGGGUGGGAAUCUAUGGUGGAGGUUACUGGGGAAACAGCCCAGCAGAUUUUUAGAGACCAAACCAAAGGCCUCAGUGGGAAAUUUAUCUGUUUUAAAACAUUGCUUCCUUCCUGGCUCUGCUAAAUUGAAUGCUCAUUGUUUGUUUUUUUUUUUUUUUUUUUUUUUUUUUUUUUUUUUUUUUUAAUUCUAAUGUUCAAAUCACUGCGUGCUGUAUGAAUCUAGAAAGCCUUAAAUUACUACCACCAAGAAAUAAAGCAAUAUGUUCUUAAUCA